AUGAUGGGGGAGUUGCAGUUGCUGAAGGCAGUGGGAAAGGCAUUGAACGAUGUGCGUGAGGAUAGGAUGUGUAAGAAUGGGGAAGUGUGUGUUGUCUUCUCCUUUCUGUUUUCCUGGGCUAGCUACGACCGGUUGCAAUACCUUCCACUCUACACAUGUCUUUCUGUUGCUCUUCUUGUCAUUCUCACAAGAGCACCUCAUCAACUCACACUGACAGCUGCAGGUGCAGUUCCACCUGACUUUGCGUGUCACAUGUUCCAUAUUGGCGUCGAAAACAGUAAGGUUGUGGUUGACAUGUCCUCCCUCUUCUCAUUCGUCUACCUCACUUCCCAGUCCCUGAUUGCUAGCUUCCCUCUUCCUGAUUACGUCUUUGAGGCAACACAUCGCUGCAUAUGGUGGCUGAGAGUUGUUCGCCGCGUGGCUUUCAAUGGCGCGAAGAAGGCGGGAGAGGAAUACUGA